AUGUUUUUCAUUUUAUUUGUAAGCGCUUUCCUAACUCAACUACUGCAUACAAUUUCCGCUGAUAAGCUGGCUCAAGUGGGUGACUUUCCCUUUCAAGUUGCCAUAAUAUAUCAUGGCAAAUAUAUUUGUGCUGGUGCCCUUAUAGUGCAUAACUUUGUGGCGACCGCAGCCCAUUGUGUUAUUGGUAAAAAUUAUAGAUACAUGAACAUUAUAGUGUCAGCAGUCGAUGAAAUGGAUUUUCUUGAUGCAGAUACAAAGGUUGCUGAUCGCAUCUUAGUACAUCCACGUUAUACGCCCAGCACUAAAGACUUCAAUAUAGCCUUAAUAAAACUAAGAGAUCUAUUAAGGGGUUCGAAUAUCGUCGAUAUUAUAGAUUUACCAGAACCAGAUUACGAAAUAUCAGGCGGCACUGUUGGUAAACUAAUUUACUGGGAUCAGAGAGAAGCUGCUGUUAGAUUGAAUUCUGUUGAUGUUGUGCUGUGGGAUCCGGAUAAUUGUACAGCGGUAAAUAUAUGGGGUGAAUAUGAUUACAAUACGGAAGUGCCAUUGACUGGUGAAAAUACAUUGUGUGCCAGCAUACCAAGAGGUUCGUGUGUUCAUGAUGAUGCUAGCUCUCUGGUAGUGGAUGAUAAAUUGUUGGGUAUUGUGUCGUGGAAUGAAGCCUGUGAUUCGUCCAAGUUUCCUUUGGUGUUUUCAAAUAUGGCGAUUUAUGGCGAAUGGAUUGAUCGUAUAUUUAGUGAUGAAGAUAAAUAUUUGGGUUAA